AUGCAAGUCUGCGGAGUUACGUCCUCAUCGGAUAAGUUUUUCAAGCCCGAAACACCUAAACUAUACGACGCUGACGGAAGAGAAAUCGGUUGCAAAAUCGACAUUCAUACCGCUGAAGAAGCGGCGUUCUACUGCCCAGCACCCUACGUCCUGGAUCCACCCAAUUGCUUCAACCAAGUUUAUGUAGAUGGUGAAGUGAAGCACCUGGGUGACGUUAGCCAGUCAUUGGUAGCGUCACAUUCCAACCACUUCGUCGUUAUAAAGUUCGACAGCGAGCUCGUAGGGCGGGGGGAAACGCUGCGCCAGACCCCGCCGUUGGAGUGCCACUGCGUCACUACCAAGGGUGUAGUUCUAUCCACCAUCCAAAUCGAGAACUACUACGCCAAGGAAUACUUGACUGAUAUUUGGUAA